AAUUAUUUAUUUUUAUGUGAUUUUAGGAUUUGUUUUUUUAUGACUUUCAAGUCUUUUAAUGUCUUCGAGUGUGUGUGUAAAUAUGUCAGCAUUCUUCAUGCCACCGGCGGCUAUCUAAUAUUGAAAUCGUCCAGUUUUGACUAUAUAUACACGGGAGGGAAAAAGAAAACGUUUAAUUUGGACCCAAGACCUGCUUCAUGGCAAUUCAGCUUCGACAACAUUACCUAGAAAGAUCAAUAUCCUCAUAACCAUCCUCUGAGGCUUUGUAGACAUAUUUUUUUCUUCUUUAAUGUUAACAUCUUUGUUCUGACUACCAUGAAAAUUCUUUCGGCGGUAUGUUUCUCCACGUAAUUAUUAGCUUGUUACAGCUUGAAACUGUCACACGAUGGUUAAGAAAUUCACAAGAAAGAUGUUUGAUUACCAGGUGUUCAUCCUUAGCCGUGCCAAAUUAUCCCGAAUCUUGUCUAAGAUCAUCACGCUUGCUGUGUUGAUCUUUAUCAUCUACACAGUCUGUAUCGUCUCUGAGAUUUCCCACAAGUCUGUUGCGUUUUAUACGAAUCAUAAGCAAAUUGCAGGGGAGCUAGGGACUCAUGAAGGAGCUGAUCAAGGACGAAUAUUGGAAUCAAGUACUAUCAGUCCCAUAAAAUUACGUUCCAUUCAAGAAGAGAGUGAUGAUGAUCGAGUUGACGAUGAUAAGGAUCAUUUUCCUGUUCCUCCCUUCAAUGUCUCAGAACAGGAAAGGAUUGAGUGGUUGCGGAAAAACAUACCAAAGUUUGAGAUUUUCAAGUCAAACAACUUCACUCGGCGGUUUCAUGAUCGGGUCCUGGAUUUCUUCAACCGUGACAGCUGCGAGGUUCAGUUCUUCAUGACAUGGAUUGCACCAGCAAAGUGGUUUGGAGAAAGAGAGUUCUUGGCUAUGGAGAGCCUUUUCAAGGUCCACCCACGUGGGUGCUUGAUGAUUCUGUCGAGAAGCAUGGACUCAGCACGAGGGCACAGGAUUCUGAAACCACUUCUCGACCGGGGGUUGAAAGUGAAAGCUGUGACACCGGACCUGGCAUUUCUGUUCAAGGGGACGCCAGCUAAAACUUGGUUUGAUGGGAUUAGGAGUGGGGAAAAAGACCCUGGUGAGAUCUCACUAGCUCAGAAUCUAUCUAAUUUGUUGAGACUUGCAGUUUUGUUCAAGUAUGGAGGUGUCUACUUGGACACCGAUUUCAUUGUUAUAAAACCUUUUACCGGGUUGAAGAACUCAAUUGGAGCACAGAGUAUGGACGUGGAGUCUAAGAAAUGGACAAGGUUGAAUAAUGCGAUCUUGGUGUUUGAUAUGAAUCAUCCAUUACUAUUCAAAUUCAUGGAGGAAUUUGCAUACACUUUUGACGGGAAUAAAUGGGGUCACAAUGGUCCCUAUUUGGUUUCCAGGGUGGUUGAGAGAGUAAGAAAGAGACCUGGUUAUAAUUUCAGGGUCUUGCCCCCUAUGGCCUUCUAUCCUGCAGAUUGGAUUAGGAUAAGAAAGUUUUUUCAAAAGCCAAAAAACCAGAAUGAUUUGAGAUGGGUAAAAGCCAAGCUGCUUCAGCUAAAUGGGGAGACUUACGGAGUACACCUAUGGAACAAGCAAACAUGCAGAUUAACAAUCCAAGAGGGAAGCGUCCUUGGAAGAUUAAUCUCAGAUCACUGUGUCAUUUGCAACAAGAUAAAUAGUUCUUAGUGAAAAUUUCUAUUGGAGAGAGUAGAUUCGAACGGCAGUGGACAUGCAUGUAGAUCGUUGAGGUGUUGUGGGGACUGAUCUAAACCGCUCACUAUCAUAAAUGGUUUGGGGCGUUUAUGAAAAUGAGUGUAGGUGCGCGAUUUGAGAACAGAGAAAGAUGAGCAGAAAACUAGCAAAAGAUAAAGAGGGGAGGGAGGGCCUCCCUCUAGGGAGUUUGGGUGUGGAGAAGUGGUCACCCAUCUCUCUAAUGGUGGUCCAAUAAACCUCAAGCUGCUUAGAUAAGGUGUUGGGCCACCCCCAACCAUCUCCCAUGGGUGACUGGCAACCCUAGUUAGGUUGUGAUCGGCCACAAUAGAGAUGAUUCUCACUUCUUGCAACCACCUCAUGCGAGUAGUCAAUCCUUCUCACAAGGGCAUCCAGACAGAAGGUU